GCCGCUCCUCUUCCGGCAGCGAUGGCGGCGGCGGCGCUGCCGGGGCUGGGGGCACUGGGUCCCGGCGAGGCCGCGGCGGCCGCUCAGGCGCUGGCGCUGCCCGCGGAGGCCUUCGGCAACGACCCCCGCGUGGAGCUGGCCUGGGCGCACAGGGCGCUGCAGCACGCCCGGGUCUACUUCAACCUCAUCUCCUCCGUGGACCCCAAGUUCCUGAGGCUGACCCCGCUGGACGAGCGCAUCUACGCCGAGUUCCGCGGAACCUUCCGGGAGCUGCGCCUCGAGCGCCUGGACCCCGAGGAGCUCAAAUCGGAGGCGGCCAAGGAGAAGUGGCGCCCGUUCUGCCUCAGCUUCGAGGGCGUGGUGGAGGAUUUCAACUUCGGGACGCUGCUGCGCCUGGACGCGCGCGGCGCCUACACCGAGGACAACACCAUCCUCGCCACCAGGAUCCAGUUCCUGGCCAUCGAGAUCGCGCGGAACAGGGAGGGCUGCAACGAGGAGAUCCACAGGAGAGGCGGGAAGGAGGGAACGGCGCCGGGGGGAGCGGGAUGAGGGGGGCGAGGGGGGCAGGAGCCUGAAACCCUACAGGAGAUUCCAUGAAUCCUACAAGAGAUUCCAUAAAUCCCACAGGAGAUUCAAUAAAUGAUAAGGGAAUUUUCAUAAAUCCUGCAAGAGAUUCAAUAAAUCCUGCAAGAGAUUCAAUAAAUCCUAAAAGGUCUUCAAAAAUCCUACAAGAGAUUCCAUAAAUCCUACAAGAGAUUCAAUAAAUCCUACAAGAGAUUCCAUAAAUCCUACAGGAGAUUCAAUAAAUUAUAAGGGAAUUUUCAUAAAUCCUGCAAGAGAUUCAAUAAAUCCUAAAAGAUCUUCAAAAAUCCUACAAGAGAUUCAAUAAAUCCUGAAAGGUCUUCAAUAAAUCCUACAAGAGAUUCAAUAAAUCCUACAAGAGAUUCCAUAAAUCCUACAAGAGAUUCAAUAAAUCCUACAAGAGAUUCCAUAAAUCCUACAAGAGAUUCAAUAAAUGAUAAGGGAAUUUUCAUAAAUCCUACAAGAGAUUCAAUAAAUCCUACAAGAGAUUCCAUAAAUCCUACAAGAGAUUCCAUAAAUCCUACAGGAGAUUCCAUAAAUCCCACAAGAGAUUCCACAAAUCCCACAAGAGAUUCAAUAAAUGAUAAGGGAAUUUUCAUAAAUCCUGCAAGAGAUUCAAUAAAUCAUAAAAGAUCUUCAAAAAUCCUACAAGAGAUUCCAUAAAUCCCACAAGAGAUUCCGUAAAUCCUGCAAGAGAUUCAAUAAAUCCUAAAAGAGAUUCAAUAAAUCCUAAAAGAUCUUCAAAAAUCCUACAAGAGAUUCAAUAAAUCCUACAAGAGAUUCAAUAAAUCCUACAAGAGAUUCAAUAAAUCCUACAAGAGAUUCCAUAAAUCCUACAAGAGAUUCAAUAAAUGAUAAGGGAAUUUUCAUAAAUCCUACAAGAGAUUGAAUAAAUCAUAAAAGGUCUUCAAAAAUCCUACAAGAGAUUCCAUAAAUCCCACAAGAGAUUCCGUAAAUCCUGCAAGAGAUUCAAUAAAUCCUGCGAGAGAUUCCAUAAAUCCCACAAGAGAUUCAAUAAAUGAUAAGGGAAUUUUCAUAAAUCCUACAAGAGAUUGAAUAAAUCCUACAAAAGAUUCCAUAAAUCCCACAAGAGAUUUAAUAAAUCCUAAAAGAUCUUCAAAAAUCCUACAAGAGAUUCAAAAAUCCUACAAGAGAUUCAAAAAUCCUACAAGAGAUUCAAAAAUCCUACAAGAGAUUCAAUAAAUCCUGCGAGAGAUUCCAUAAAUCCUACAAGAGAUUCCAUAAAUCCCACAAGAGAUUCAAUAAAUGAUAAGGGAAUUUUCAUAAAUCCUGAAAGAACUUCAAUAAAUCCUAAAAGAGAUUCAAUAAAUCCUACAAGAGAUUCCAUAAAUCCUACAGGAGAUUCCAUAAAUCCCGCAAGAGAUUCAAUAAAUGAUAAGGGAAUUUUCAUAAAUCCUACAAGAGAUUCAAUAAAUCCUACAAGAGAUUCCAUAAAUCCUAAAAAGAUCUUCAAAAAUCCUAAAAGGUCUUCAAUAAUCCUACAAGAGGUUCAAUAAAUCCUACAAGAGACUCCAUAAAUUAUAAAGGAAUUUUCAUAAAUCCUAAAAGAUCUUCAAUAAAUCCUAAAAGAGAUUCAAUAAAUCCUAAAAGAUCUUCAAAAAUCCUACAAGGGAUUCAUUAAAUGAUAAGGGAAUUUUCAUAAAUCCUAAAAGAUCUUCAAUAAAUCCUAAAAGAUCUUCAAAAAUCCCACAAGAGAUUCAAUAAAUCCUAAAAGAUCUUCAAUAAAUCCUACAAUUACUUCAAUAAAUCCUAAAAGAUCUUCAAAAAUCCUAAAAGGUCUUCAAUAAAUCCUACAAGAGAUUUAAUAAAUGAUAAGGGAAUUUUCAUAAAUCCUAAAAGAUCUUCAAAAAUCCUACAAGAGAUUCAAUAAAUCCUACAAGAGAUUCCAUAAAUCCUAAAAGAUCUUCAAUAAAUCCUAAAAGAGAUUCAACAAAUCCUAAAAGAGAUUCAAUAAAUCCUAAAAGAUCUUCAAAAAUCCUACAA